AUGCAAUUAGACUUGCCAGACGUGAUACGAUCACCCACAGGUGAGUUGAUCAAGACUCGACCGGUAGCAUCAUCAUGCCUUGACGAUAACCCCUUUGACUCGACUGUCAGCUGCGACACGGUGCAGGAAAACUGGUUCCACUCUGCUUUUCAUGCCAGGCUCCCUGAGUCAAUCGAUUAUUCCUACUGGGCCAACAGCUCCUGCGUGCCUCCAAACGACUACGCUUACAGCGAGCAGACAUGUGAGAUUGGUGGUCUGCCGCAGUACAUCCUCAAUGCGUCCACGGCGGAGACUAUAGCAACAACAACGGCGUGGGCGAGCUCGCGGAACAUCCGGCUCGUCAUCAAAGGAACCGGACAUGAUCUCAACGGCAGGUCGAGCGGGGCAUACGCGUUGUCAAUUUGGACCCACCAGCUCAAGGAGAUCGAGUUCGAUGCACAAUGGGCCCGUCCUCUCGGUAAUGGAACAGAGCACGCAGCAAUCAUUGGGAGCGGUAGCAACUGGGGUGAAGUCCUCCAGGCUGCAGUUGCAAUUGGUAGGACUGUGAUAAGUGGACAGGACUCAACAGUUGGCCUCGGGGGCUUCAUCGGGGGCGGUGGCCACGGUCCUCUUUCGAGUCACUACGGCCUCGCCGCCGACCAAGUCUUGCAGGCUACCGUUGUCACCACAGAGGGACAGGUCCUGGUAGCCAACGAGGCCCAGAACCAAGACUUGCUAUGGGCCAUCAGAGGCGGUGGGCCGGGUGUAUUUGGCGUCGUAACCGAGUACGUGCUGCGUACAUACCCUGUCCCCAGAAACGUUGUCAUGAGCACCUUGUCUAUUUCAAUAAUGGACAACUCGACGGAAGCUGCAAAUGCAUCUUGGGACGCUUUGGCAUUAUUCUACCGGUCUCUGCCGGAUCUGAUGGACCUUGGCAUGACAGGGAACGGUAGGGCAACGACGGUCAACAUGCCGCGGUCCGGCGAGGCCUUCGAGCGGGGAGUCGAGCUGUCGAUGACCUUCUUUGCCUUCAACAUCACUGCGGCUGCCUUUAAGUCGCUUCUGGAGCCCCUAAACCAAGAGAUUCUUUCAGAUGGGAGGAAUCAGUCGUUGUCGGUCCAGCUUUCGGACCCAACCACCUUCUCCAGUUAUAUGUCCUUUUUCGCCGACCUGAACUCGUCUCCCAGUCGUGGAGGAGACAUUAGCUUGGUUUCGAGCCGCUUGCUUGGUCGCCGGGAGCUGUCCUUCAUCGAAUUUCCCAGCUUGCGAUCAUACCUUCAAAAGAUCACGCGGUCGCAGGUAGAAGGACGGACUUCUAUGUUGGUCUUUGGCCUCCAAGGCGGACUUGGGCCUAAGGGAGUCGAGCCCGCCAUGCGAGGCGCCUUAAACCCAGCCUGGAGGGAGGCCUACGUGCACCUCAUCAGUACCGGAGCCAAUAUAAACAUGACGGAUUCUGCGCCGCACGACGCUUUGGCUGUUGCAGCUACAUGGGUAGAGGAGAACAAGGAGGCUGUGUGGCGCGAGUGGGCGCCGAAGUCUGGCUCUUACAUCGACGAGGCCAAUCCUUUCAACGGAAACUUCCAAUACGACUAUUUCGGAGGAAAUUACGAUCGCUUGGUCCGUAUCAAGGAGAAGUACGACCCCACUGCUAGCCUGUUUGCACUCUCCGGUGUGGGCAGUCACUUGUGGGAUUACAACCUGAACAGCGGAAAACUCUGUCGAAAGUAGUGGAGUCUAUUCACCUUGCAUAUCAUGUGGAAAUUUUGGGGCAGUGGAAGUAGACUAUGCGCUGUAAGGGUGCUGGGGAUGAAUGGGUAGUAUCUUUGGGCCCAUACAGUUUUAACAUUCUGACCGAUAGC